AGCCACUCUGGCUCAGGGUGCCCGCGGAGCGUGGCAGCGCCUGGGCAGGCGCCUCUCUUCCUCCCGCCGCCCUCCUCCGAGAGAAGGUUCACCCUGCCGAACUUGAGGUUGUCGACUCCACUGCUCGCGCAAUCCUCCCACCCACGGUAGGGCUGCGACGCCGACGCCGCCGGGCGGCGCCGACCUACGGACGGCGCUGUCGGCCGCGCCCUCCGCUGGGCGGCGGCGGCGGCCCCGCCGCGCUGCCGGUGGCCGUGGUGGAGGAACACGGGAGCGUCGUGCGGUUCUGGUUGGAGGGCCUCGGCCACCUCCCACAGUACCUUUGGGAGGAGUCUUACCGUCCCUCAUUUGCUGCCACAUCUUUGCUGCACGUAGACAGCCACUCUGACAUGAUGCUCGCGAGGUGGGACGACGUGCAAGAACAUAUGCGCGGCCACGAACAUGACAUGCAGAGACUCGGUGCAGAGCUCAUCAGGGCCCCCGCCAUCGGAGACUUCAUUUCUGGCGCGAUCUUCGCGCAGCUCGUCAGCGACGUGGUAUGGUUGCGCUCAGACUUCGCAUCGGGGAAGUACAAUGGUCCAGCUCCUGGCGUCUACGAGGUAAGCAUCGGCACGGACGGCGCGAACCUGACUUCCGUCGGCGAGGAGGACGAGGUGCUCUGUUUCCGGACGCUCGCCACCAGGUUCAGGCCUGAGGACGACGACGACACGUUUGUGAACCACGACCACGAGUCGCUGGACGACUGCGGAUCCGAGGGGCCCCAGCACGCGCAGACGGCUAACCUGAGCGUGGCGACGCUCGGCCAGCUGCUUUCUGGCUCCGCCGGUUUUGCGCGCCCCCUCCUCGCUCACCGGGACUGGAUAUUGGACGUGGAUCUUGAUUUCUUCGCCUCCCUGGACCCCACCGUCGACUACUUCACCAGCCGUGGAUUCUCUGCUCACUUGGUGCUCCAGCACGUCCAGAACUCGCUUCGGUGCCCGAACGAGACCCAGAUUGGCGACGUGCUUAACCUCUUUCGGCACUUUGAGCGCGGCUCAACGCGGAGGGCGCGAAGAGCCAGCUCGCGCAGAGGCGCAGCCCCUGCAGGGUGAUCGCGGACAGGCUGCAGGGCUUGUACGACACGCUCUCCGAUCUGGAUGACUGGCGGGUGCUGGCCUGGAGGGACUUGUGGCGUCUGCAGGACAUCGAGGACUGGACUGGGUCGGGAGCCACGACUUCAUGACGACCCUGUUCCUCCAGGGCCCCCACGCGGGCCCGCACCACGUCGCGUCGGAGUUGGAGGUUCGGAUGGGGGCGAGAAAGGUGCACUUCGCCCCUCGCUGGUAG